AUGACCAUGGUGUCGGUGCUGGUGUCCUGUUUCUCGCUGUGUCUAUUGUCAGUGGACAGAUGUGUGGCCCUGAGGUACCCUCUGGAGUCCAUACUCUACCGACAGCCAUCCACGGCCAUAUAUGCCAGUCUCGCCUGCUGGCUAGGAGCUUUGAUAAUUCCAGUGCAUAAGCUGUUCAGCUGUUGGCCAGCGGAAGACCAGUGCUUCUGUUUGGACAACUGGUCCCGGGGAUUGCAGCUGGGACUGUACUUGGGGCUAGUGACCAUCUGCUAUUUCCUGCCUCUUGUCGUGAUUCUCAUCUGUUUCUGUGGCAUAUAUGACGCAAUUAUGACCAGCGCCGCCAUCAAUGCACAGCCCGCAGGCACCCAGGACACCAGUUGUCUCCGGAUAUCGACUAACUCCCCCGGCGAGGCGGCCCUGGCAGCUCAUAGGAAUAGACAGACACGAAUUUCCAAGAUGGUCGCAUUCAUGGCUGCUCUUUUUGCCGUCGUAUGGGGUCCAGUACACCUCGGCACUAUAGUCCUACACUUGGAAAAAUUGAUAGAUACCGAGUAUAUCAUCCCAGACUGGCAGAUCUACUAUCUACUUGCCUCCCGUGCACUCAUUUACUUGGGCAGUUCGCUGAACCCUAUUGUGUACGCAUUCGCAGGCCAGAACUUCCGCACCCACCUCGCUCAGUCAGCCCAGAUGUGGAAGAGGGCACUGACCAGGUGUAUGGGUAGACUAACCGUCAACAUACCCCGACCCAGACCCAGAGUGAAACAGAACAGAGGAGGAAAUAGUUCAGCCGCCACUAGAUCAUCGGCAGCAAUCAAUCUAGCAGAUGGUACAGUCCGACUCAGUCCUUCGCAAUGUGGAAACGCACCACAGACAUCCAGUAUAUAAAGAAACCAUCAUUAGCUCAUGUAUUUUUCGAAACUGCUCAAACAGUCCGGUUAGACUUCAGAAGGCUCUGUCUUCGUAAACAACCAGCUCACAUCCCCUUCUCCAAAUAUCAGUUUUUUUAAAUCAGGGUAUUGGUAACA